AUGGGGCGGCCCGCGGGGACUCGUUCGAAUGCCGCUGCUCGACGUGGCGAGAGCACCAAUCGCGCGCGCCUCUGCGCCGUCGUCUUGGCGCUUCUCAGCGUGCUGAUGGCGGCGCGCGCGCAGCCCAUGGCGGGGCCGCGGUGCGUGAACCGGUUUCCGGAUAAGCCGCUGUGCAAGUUCGUCGACGACCUCGCCGCGUCGCCGCUCACCUUCCUCGACGCGUCGACCGGCGAAACCAUCAAUCUCGGCGCCUACGACGUUUACCACAAGUUCCAUCGCGACCUGCCCGCCACCAAGGUGUAUGCGUACGGCACCUCCCGCGACUCGGCGAGUUACCCGGGCCCCGUACUCGUCGCGAAGCGCGGCGUUACCACCAAGGUGGAAUUCGCGAACAACAUCGAGGACAAGGAGCACAUGUUCACGAUCGACCCGACUCUCAUGGCGCCCAAACCCAAAAACGGGGGCGUGCCAAUCUCCGUUCAUCUGCAUGGCGCUGAGGUGCCAAGCCAAUCCGACGGCCAUCCUGAGGCGUGGUACACGGCCAGUGGGGAGCACGGACCCACGUUCGAAUCCCAGGAGCACACUUAUCCGAACACGCAGCGCCCUACGAUGCUGUGGUACCACGACCACACGGUUGGCAUGACCGCUCCCAACGUUGCUUCCGGAAUGGCGGGGCUGUACAUUAUUCGCGACCCCCAGGGCGAGGAGAGGCGGCUGAAGAGGUGGCUGCCACGUGGCGGACGUCAAUUGCACCUCCUGAUUGCUGACAGGCUGUUUUUUCCGAACGGAUCGAUGAAUUAUCCGAACGUGGGAUCUGUGCCGAAAGUUCACCCAAAUUGGACGCCCGGUCUUAGAGGGGAUACAAUCGUUGUCAACGGCAAGGUUUGGCCGUACCUCAGGGUUCGGCGAGCGAUGCACCGGAUCCGCGUGGUGAACGGAGGCAACGCACGCACGUACAACCUCUCCUUCCAAUGCGCUGCACGGGGCGACAACAACUUCAACCCCCCUCUUGGCGGACCCGUGCUGCCCUUGUACCUGAUCGGCUCUGACGGCGGUUACCUCGCCCGCCCUCUCCGCCGCCUCUCAGUGCUCAUGGCGCCGGGCGUGCGUCACGACCUGCUCCUCGACCUCAACACUGCGCCCAGCUGGUGCCGCGACGUCAUUGUCGUCAACUCCGCCCCGCAACCCUUCCCCGUGGGGCUGAACGCGGACUGGUUCACGGGCGUGGUGAUGCGAUUCAAGAUCAACGAGAAGGCGCCCAUCCAAGCACCUCCUCUGCCCAAGAAGCUCUCGCACAUCCCUCCAGUGAACAUCUCCCAGGCAGUGAAGCAGCGGUGGCAGGCCAUCACCAUUCUAACGGACAAGGAGCUCAAUAAGACCACCUACAUGCUGUUCAACGGCAAGGGAUACGAGGACCCGCCCACUGAGACGCCCAAAGUGGGCACUUCGGAGCUUUGGCACAUCAUCAACCCGACAUUCGAGACGCACCCCAUCCACCUGCACCUCAUUCAGCACCGCCCCAUCUCCCGCCGUCCGUUCAACUCCACCGCGUAUCUCAACGGCUCGUGCUCGCUCCCACCCGCCUCUCCCACCACCUCCAAGCCCAGCUGCUUCACCGGGCCGGCCCGGGCCGUGCCGCAGCAUGAGAGGGGGUGGAAGGACAACACCGUUGCAUUCCCUGACACUGUUCUCACCAUCUUUGUGCCGUUCAAAGGGCAGGAUGGCAAGCUGUUCCCCUUUGAUGCAUCCAAGGGCCCGGGCUACGUGUGGCACUGCCACUCUCUGGGCCAUGAGGACAACGACAUGAUGAGGCCACUCCUCAUGACCGCUUAG